AUUAAACUGAACAGCAUCUCCCUUUGCUUAUUCCGUUACUCGCAGACCCGCACGCAGGCCAAAGACUCUGUAAUCCACCCUCCUUGCAUUCUCUUUCGGCCUUUCCAAAGUAUUUUCAAUCUUCCAUCCCUUCUCUGCAUGCAUUUUCAUCAAACCCCUAUCGUCAUUCUGUCAAAGAUUCGUUUUUAACUGUCAAUAUUCACUUGGGGGUGUCAGUGUUUCUUCUUCCAUGGCUCUUCACUCUGCUACUCUCUGCUUCAGAAGCGUCCCUGCUCAACCCCGGAAUUCGGUCAAGUAUGGUCAUCCCACUGCCAAACCACCGGGGUUUUCUUGCCCUCUUUCCCCUUUGACUGUCCGAUUGAAGGUCAAAGGGAAUGCAUAUUCUGGUGAUGGGGCGCCUGAAACAAAGGAAUCGCCGCUUGUGGUUUGCUUUGGGGAAAUGCUCAUUGAUUUUGUUCCAACUACCAAUGGGCUUUCCUUGGCUGAAGCACCGGCAUUCAAAAAGGCUCCAGGAGGUGCCCCUGCUAAUGUUGCUGUAGGCGUAGCUCGUUUAGGUGGCUCAUCGGCUUUUAUUGGGAAGGUUGGUGAGGAUGAAUUUGGUUACAUGCUUGCCAAUAUAUUGAAAGAAAACAAUGUAAUCAAUGAAGGGAUGCGUUUUGACCCUGGUGCACGUACUGCAUUGGCAUUUGUUACUUUGAGGAAAGAUGGAGAUAGAGAGUUCAUGUUUUACCGUAAUCCUAGUGCUGAUAUGUUGCUUCAAGAAGCUGAACUUGAUUUUGGCUUAAUAAAAAAGGCCAAAAUAUUCCAUUAUGGUUCUAUAAGUCUAAUUACAGAUCCAUGCAAAUCAGCACACAUAGCAGCCGCAAAGGCUGCAAAAGAUGCUGAUGUAAUUUUGUCUUAUGAUCCUAACCUGAGGCUUCCUUUAUGGCCUUCUGCUGAAAGUGCCAGAGAAGGAAUUCUAAGUAUAUGGGAGACAGCAGAUAUCAUUAAGAUAAGUGAAGAAGAGAUUUCUUUCCUUACAAAAGGAGAAGAUCCCUAUGAUGAUGCUGUUGUUCGUAAACUAUUCCAUCCAAACCUCAAGUUACUGCUUGUUACAGAAGGUCCAGAUGGUUGCAGGUAUUACACCAAGGAGUUCAGUGGUAGAGUCAAGGGAUUUAAGGUGGAUGCUGUUGACACUACUGGUGCUGGUGAUGCUUUUGUGGCUGGAAUAUUAUCACAAUUAGCUGUAGAUCUUUCUUUGCUUCAGAAAGAGGAAAAACUGAGAGAUGCUCUCAAGUUCGCUAAUGCAUGUGGAGCAUUGACCGUGACGGAGAGAGGUGCAAUACCAGCUUUGCCUACAAGGGAAGCUGUCCUCAAUGCGAUGCGUCAGUCAGUCUUCUAAAUUUACAACCUAUUCUCUCUAAGCAAUGAGGCAUUUUCACUACUUUCUGCGAAUUCUUCACCUAGUGGCUUUUGUGUGUAGAUUAGAACAAUUUUGUUUCAAUAAAUAGGCAGGGAUCAUACUUGUGUCAUAUCUCUGAAUAAAGAACUGGACCUGGAUUCCUGCCAGCCUGUUAGUUCAUUUCAACAUGCGUUUUUUAAGCGUCAGCUUUUGCUAUAUGCCGAAUUAGAGUGUGCUCUGUGUAAUUGCACGGUUCAAGAUGAGCUCCGCUGUUCAUAACUUAUUAACGGUGCAACUUCUACCUUAUUUACAUUUUAUAUUUUGCUGAUGCUUCCUUCGGA